AUGGGUGUCCUACAGAAGAAGGUGGGCUACCUUCUUCCACCAGCAGAUAUGAUGCCCAACUUUGCUUUGAAAUCUCAAGGAGCAAAGCUCGUAUCCUGGAUGCCAUCAGGCACACAUCCUGGCCAAAUCCAAAGAUGCAAUAGGUUUGGGUUUACAAUAGAACGGCCAUCUAUCCACCCGGACAUUGUCAUUGAGGGGAGGACUCGCCUACAACCAGGAGAGUGCUGGGCAUUUGAAGGUUCCCAGGGACAUCUCGUCAUCGCCCUGCCCUACAGAGUUGUAAUCGGUCACGUUACUUUGGGUCAUCCGCCAAAAAUGUUGUCCCCAACUGGUAACAUCGACAGUGCUCCCAAGGAGUUUUCUAUCUAUGGAAUGAGGGAGCCCAAACAGGAGUGGACUCACCUGGGGACUUUUCACUAUGAAGAGGAUGGAGAGCCGCUUCAGACUUUUGAGCUACCGGGCGGAAGGUGGUUGCGGGACGGAAACUCGGGCAUGGAAGAGUUUGAAAAUUUCAUGGAGAACAAGGGUCGUGGAAUACUGGACCAGCUCUACACCCACAACAGGCUCCUGGAGGGUGCAUGGGAGUUCGCGCAGCUAGUCUACAUCUGCUUUGUGGACUUCGAAAAGGCAGUCCACUGUGUCCCUCUGGGAACCCUUUGGGAGGUACUCUAG